GCCACCAUAUUAUGACAAUCAAAAGCUGCUGCGUGUUUCGUUCCGACUCCCUCGUCAAUUAGGCACCUCUCUCUCCCUCUGUGAUCUACAUCCUCUGCUUUCUCAGAUCUCAGGUACUCUCAUCCGAUCCCGAUCUCAUUCAAAGUUUUGUUCUUGAUUUCUUUUCUGAUCCCAAACCAAAACACCAUGAAUUCCAACUUCGAUUUCGAUCUGGGUCUCGGAUCCAACCGACCCAGAUCCCUCAACGACCAAAAGAACAAAACUUCCUCCUUCUCCACCGCCCCGCAGCCGUCCAAACCCGCCUGGCAGCCCAACAAGACCACCUCAUGGACCCACCAGCCCGCUCCGGCCCAGCCGCCUCUCAACGGCCCGACUUCCAUGGUCGGAGAUAUCUUCGGCAAGAGUUGGGCCUCCACCGGCUCAUCGGUUUCGGCCACUCCGAUUGGGGUCGUCAACAAGAACCCCAAUCUGUUCGGCGAUUUGGUCAGCUCUGCUAUGGGCGGUAAGGUUAAUAGUAGCAGCAAUGUUCCUUUAAAGAAUGCAACUCCUGCUUCGAAUAUGAGCUCGUUUUCGAUGGGGAAUGUGGCUGAUUCGUUGCCCAAAACCACCGCCGGUACUAGUUCUGUCCAGAGUGGUAUAAAUUGGGGUGGUUCUGCAAGUUCUGGGGGUUUCUCUAGUGGGUUUAAUAAUAGUAGUAAGAUCAGUAGUGGGGUUAAUGCUAAUACUACUAAGAGUCCGAGCCUCGGAGGCCCGUCGCUGCGAAAUAUGGGCAGUGCUGGUGGUGUUGGUGUUGGUGGAGGUAGUGGAAUUGGUUCUAAGAAAGACCCAUUUGGUUCUUUGGUUGAUCUUGCAUCGAAACCAUCGGGUGGGAUUAACACGGCGAGUAAAGGCAGCAAUAAGAGUAGUGUUGCUGAUGAUCCAUUUGGGGAUUUUCAGAAUGCUCCAAAACCAAGUACCACUACUGCGGCAUCUGCAUCUCCCGCUAGCGGCUUCUCCUCAAAUGGUAACAGUUUUAUGGGGUCGGAUUCAUUUUCGGGCUUUGGUGAUUUUGGGACCCCGGCUAAGCAGAAUCCUGUUCAGUCUACUAGCAGUGAUCCGCUUGACAUGUUCUUUCCCACAUCCUCGGCUUCUGGGGCUGGUAUUGCAGCAGCGAGUAAUGGAGUUGGAGUACAGCAAUCCUCUGGAAUUGAUGAUUGGGGGACGGAGUUUGGAGGUGGAGUAGAUGAUAUGGGUGGUUCCACAACUGAGCUUGAGGGCCUUCCACCUCCUCCAGCUGGGGUAUCUGCUUCUGCAGCAAAGAGUAAGGGAAUGGAUAAUUACAAGCAAGGGCAGUAUCCAGAUGCUAUUAAGUGGCUAUCUUGGGCUGUAGUGCUUCUUGAGAAAGCAGCUGAUAGGUCUGCCCUUUCAGACGUAUUGUCGAGCAGAGCUUCAUGUUACAAAGAAGUAGGAGAGUACAAGAAAGCGGUGGCAGACUGCACAAAGGUUCUAGAACAAGAUGAUGUAAAUGUAUCUGUUCUCGUACAGCGUGCACUCUUGUAUGAAGGUAUGGAAAAGUACAAACUUGGAGCAGAAGAUUUGAGGAGUGUUCUGAAGAUUGAUCCUGGUAACAGGGUUGCAAGAGGCACCAUUCACCGCCUGACACAGUUGGCAGACUAGAGGAUUUCCAAAAUCUCAUAAUGCUAGCUUUAAUUCAUUUCGGUUGAUACCCCUUCCCUUCUUACCAUCAUAGAUUUAUGGGGAAUGAUAGCGUUUUUACUUGAAUACUUGCCAUGUUGGAUUGUUCACUUGUAUGUGGUAAUCUUGGUUCUUCUAUUGCUUAUGACUGGAAAUGAUUCUUUGUUACUUCGGACUUGAGAGUGGCGUUGGAAUAUAGAGAUUGAAUUACACUGUACUUUAUUUCCCUAAUGUGUGGGAAAGCAGCUCUUGUUGUUCUGUGUUUGUCAAUCUUUUGAUCAAAGCCAUGUCUGCUGGCUUGUUAGACAUGAGAUAUUAAUGAGGACAUAAGUUUUUGUUGUUGAUA